UUUUCUGGUUGUGUUUGAAGGUUUGUUUGGUUUAAGUGGUUUAUUUAAAUGCAGUGUCUGCUACCUAAUGUGCUUGGAUAAUAGUUUUUUUUGUGUAUAACGAUUUCGUGAAAUCUAAGACUGAUUUUUGAGAAGACUGACUCGAAAGCGCUUUUGUGAUUAUCUCGCUUGCCUUAUUGUAUAAGUACACAAAAAUGGUUCGUACAAAGCCGUCCCGUAAUGGAAAUACCAAGCGCAACCGAACUAGCUUCCAGGAAGAAAAAAUAAACGCCAAACUAAGGGAAUUCGAUAUUCUUGCUGAUUGUGAACUAGCUUCACUGGAAUCCAAGUAUACCGACGAGAAAGAAGAGCUAAUCAGGAUGAUUAAAGCGAUCAAAAAUCGAAUGCCCAAGCAUGUCUUGCAGAUGCGAAUGGGUGAUCUAAGAUUAAUGGGAGUUAAUACUUUAGCCGAUUUAGAAAAGCUGGCGAUGGAACCAGGCGAUUCGAUGAGUGUGUUGGAUUCCAAUGAUUUUUCACAAAGCUCAGAUAAAACAACACAAGAUAAAACCACAAAACAUUCGAAGUCCGAUGAUGGCUACCAGACAGAGGAUAGUGCUAUAAACAGCAUUCCUUCAGAUACGCUUUCCUCCACCAAAAGUCGCCAGUGUGGUCCAUUGGCGUCGGCCGUAAUAAACCGUCGUCGUAGCAAAUCCUUUUCAAGCCAUGCAACACCAUCUACGGGACACUCUUCUCUUUUGCUUGGAUUAAAACCGAAGAAAACCUUCGGUGGAAGUAACACUUUAUUCGCCAAUGAUUCGCGACACUCGCGUCCGAAAUUUCGUACUCCCGUGGCCAAUAAUCGGCUUCAAACCGUCAGUGCUGAUCGCGCAAUGAGUUUGAUUGCGCCAAAAGUUCAACCGAAUACACCGUUGGCGAUUAUGCGACACGCUCGCAUUGGAGAAAGCAUCUACUCGGUUACCGGCAGUCCGGUCAUUACAACCGCAACGAUGGAGAGCAUGGCCAACGUUAACAUACCGGUUGCCAAUGGCAUCCUGUCCAUUCGGCCGACCGAAAUGGAUACCUUUGAUCCGGGACUGGUGCAAAAGAUCGACUCGGACACGUUAGAACACCUUAAAACGUUGCAGAUGAACUUGAACAAAAUAAUGCAAAUAGCAGAGGAACACAAUUUUCAAUGAUCGUGAAGUGAUUUGAUUUUUUUUUGUGUUUUGU